AUGGUGAACACCAAUCCGCUGUCGAGUCAGGCCCUCUCGCGACGCAUGGUCGCCUCGUUUCCUGAGAGCAACUCCGAACCGUUGAAGAAUUCAUACGAUGCCGUGGCUUUGGCUGCACAUGUCUGCAUGCUUUCUAUCGGAUCGCGCCUUGUCGGUCUGGGUGAAGAUCAUCGCCUCGAAGUUGAGUCUGAAACUGGCCAAGCCAAGCCUCUACCGACCGAUUGGAACGCUCACAGUGGAAGCUAUGCUUUCCGAUACAAGCAUGGCCAAAGCAGUAUGGAGUUCUUGCUGAAAGUCAACCGCAUGGGCAACAAGGUUGUCAUCAUGGGCAUGGGCAUGGGCGACGACAAGACUUAUUCCUUCGACGUCAAAACUCAAGAUUAUAUUUCGGAGAGUAGCCUGCCUUUGUCAAUCUCGAAUACGAGCACCUCGAAUACCGAGACUUCCAACGAGGAAACCGAGAAGAAGGUCAUCGACAUAUUUAUCAGCAUCGGUCGCCUCUCGGACUUUGCAACCUUGAUGCGCCUGAACAUAUUUCAGAAACUCCUCCCAUCAAUACAAAAGGAAGGCUACGAAGAGUCAUCUGGGACCACAGCGACGACGAACCCACCCGCUACAGCACGAGAACCUCGCAGGGAAGAAUACAAUCCUGCCAGAUACAAUCCUUUGCGUGAUCCGCAUGAUCCACCGGCACGACCACAUCCUCUCCACGACCCACUUGCCAUGCCCCGUCCAGGUAGAGGGCGACCUCUCCCAGAACCCAUUCCGGGCUUCGAGGACGAGUUUGAAAUCCAGCGCCCAGGUCGCGGCAUGCCUGGCGGCGGACCUGGUGGUUUCGGUCGUCUCGGUGAGCGGGACCUUUAUCCUCAAGGUCUCGGUCCAAAUGACCCCAUUCGCGGCGGAGUCGGACCGGGAUUCAAUGGUGGUCCCUUUGGCGGCGGGGGUGGCAUGCAUCCGACGUUCGAUGACCCGUUAUUCGCAGGACAACAAGGCGGACGUGGAGGUGGACAAUAUGAUCCACGCGCUCCGCCGGGCAGUCGUUACGACCCCGUAGGACCUGGCCUUGGCGGACACCCUCGCGGAGCGGGCAUGGGAGGACGCCCGCCAAAUCCGUUCGGAGGAUUUGGGGAUGGUGAUUUCAUUUAA